GCAAGUUACGAGGUCUUCCGGUACGCUCUCGGUUAGAGGACACUGUGUCACAGGGAAAGAGAAAGGGAGCAGUUUUUUUGAGCAAGUCAGAUUAGAAAAACCCAAUCUAACAAACCGACAAUAUGUUUUCCCGAACAGUGAGACCUACCAUCCGCCUCGCCAAGAGCUUUUCCACCUCGUCGAAAAGCGACGCUAAAGUGGCCGUGCUAGGUGCGUCUGGCGGCAUAGGCCAGCCGCUGUCUCUGCUACUGAAGAACAGCCCCUUGGUGAGUCACCUUUCUCUGUACGAUAUCGCCCACACCCCCGGGGUGGCCGCCGACCUCAGCCACAUCGAGACUCGGGCCAAAGUCACCGGCCACAUGGGUCCCGAUCAGCUGGAUGCCGCACUGAAAGGCUGCGAGGUCGUUGUCAUCCCCGCUGGCGUUCCCCGGAAACCCGGCAUGACCCGCGACGAUCUCUUCAACACCAACGCGACGAUCGUGGCCACCUUGGCAGACGCCUGCGCCCGCUAUUGCCCCGAAGCCAUGAUCUGCAUUAUCGCCAACCCAGUCAACUCCACCAUCCCCAUAACAUCAGAGGUCAUGAAGAAGCAUGGCGUCUACAACCCCAACAAAGUGUUUGGUGUCACGACCCUUGAUAUCGUCAGAGCGAAUACUUUUGUGGCAGAGCUCAAAGGCUUAGACCCAGCACGCGUCAAUGUACCUGUGAUCGGAGGUCAUGCAGGAAAGACCAUCAUCCCCCUCAUCUCACACUGCACACCCAAAGUAGAGUUUCCUGCUGACCAGCUGGCUGCUCUCACCGGAAGAAUCCAGGAGGCUGGUACUGAAGUGGUGAAGGCCAAGGCUGGAGCCGGCUCCGCCACACUGUCCAUGGCCUACGCUGGGGCCCGUUUCACCUUCUCCGUCCUGGAUGCCAUGAACGGAAAGGAGGGUGUAGUGGAAUGCGCCUUUGUCCGGUCAGAGGAGACCGAGUGCAAGUACUUCUCCACUCCUCUCCUCCUUGGGAAGAACGGCAUUGAGAAGAACCUUGGGCUCGGCAAGCUGUCAGCCUUUGAGGAGAAGCUGGUGGCUGAUGCCAUCGGUGAACUUAAAGGCUCCAUCAAAAAGGGAGAGGACUUUGUGGCUAACAUGAAGUGAAGAGGGGACAUUAACUUAGUUGAUCCCAGCAUUGUUCAUUGCUCAUUUGUCCAGUCUUAAAAGAAAGGCAUGCAGGCCAGUUGUUUAGCAUCACCGUGUUUCUGCUUUAAUCUUUUCAUAGCAGUGGGGCCGGGAGUGUUUUGGUUUCUCUUCCCCCCGACAUCUUCACCCCUUAUUAUGUUUAGUCAUAUCUGUAGUCUAAACAUUGCACUUAUAUGUGUGGCUAUAUAGUAACAUGGACUCAUUGUACUGUGGCUCCCCUAUAUUUAUUUUUGUAAGUAUCAAGGUCAGAGGAUGAUGAAUUUUCAUAUGUCCACAUUUUUAUGCCUGUGGGAAUGGUCUGUGACCAGUGGGGUCCUCACUUAAUGCUGAAUCAAAUCAAAGGAAAAAAUGAUACCUGUUGAUGCAAAUAGUCGUACGUCACAAAUGAGCAGAAUGUUGGUAACUUCAAUAAACGGUUGAGCUUGAAACAAAA